AUGGGCCAGGUUUUAGGAUUCUCCCACUGCCAGGAAUAUGGCUCUGUGGCAUCCACUCCAGACUCAACUCCUCCCUGCACUGAUGGCGGAAAUGAGGAGUCAGAGUUGUACGAGCUGCAAACGGCCAGAGAGUGGUCCGACGACGACGAGGGGGGAGGCCCGGAUGAUGACGAGGGCCUGGCUUCAUCCCCGUCCGUCUGGGGCACGCCUCGCCAGAACUCUUUCGAGCUGACUUUCUCGUACAUCGCCAUCGCCGAGGCCGAAGCGGUGGGAGCCUCCCGACACCUCCGCGACCGCCGCAGAGGAGGCUCCAGGGGGAGUCGGACCCCUCUGAUGCGCACUGACACCCUGGAGACGCUGUUGGACUCCCCCGAUGUAGACUGGGACCCUCAGGGCUUCCUCGGUCGGGAGGAGGAAGAGGAAGAGAGGAGGGAGCAGGAGAGGACAGAGGCGAGGACGGCGAGCACCGCUGUGAGGAGGGAAAGGGAGCAGCACAGACAAACUGACACUAUUACAAUUCAACCCUCUCCCCAAAGCCUGGACCCAGAGAAUCAAGGGAGAGACGCAGGAGUCCAAAGAGACGAGAGCGUGACUCAGCCUCCUUCUCCGACCCAGUCAUCCCAAAUACAGAGCUCCUCACAGACACUUCAGGCAGCCUCACCGACCCCUGAGCCAGAGUCCCCCGUCGCCAGGGAAACCAUUUCUGUCAAGCUGCUCACAUCUGUGCGACCCAGAGGCGCAGCGUCCUCGUCGCCGGCUGCCAUCGGCCUAAACUCUCAGGAAGAACUGGUCAGCGAUCACUGGUUUUCAGCACUUAACCUAACAGAGGACUCGAUGGUGUGCGCACACAUAGCAGUGAUGGACCUGAUCUACUGGAAGGACACGGAGCGAACCGGCAUGGUUCUAACAGGGUUAGUGGUGGGUUUGCUGUCCCUGUUCCAGCUCAGCAUCAUCACCGUGAUCUCCACAGUCUCCCUGGCUGUCAUGUGCUUCACCAUUUCAGUGCGCAUCUACUACCAAUUCCUCUACAUCCUCAGCUGGGGUGAUGGAGAGCAUCCCUUCAAGUCAUACUUGGACUUGGACAUCAGCUUCAGCGGCGAGCAGGCUGACCUCUAUAUGCAGAAAGCCAUCGUCAUGGUUCUGUCCGCCAUCGACAGUCUGAAGAAACUCUUUUUCGUUGGAAACGUUUUUGAAUCCCUGAAGCUCCUGGUUCUGAUGUACCUUGUGACGUACUUGGGAGACCUGUGCAAUGGCCUUACUCUGCUCAUCAUCAGUGUGAUCGCUCUCUUUUCUCUGCCACUUUUCUACAGUCGACGUCAGGAGGAGGUGGACGGCUUCAUUGCAAAAAUCCAAGCCAAGGCCGACAACAUCAAGGACUUUCUGCAAAGACUUGCCCAGGGUGGCGGCCCUCCUCCUGAUCCAACUCCCGGCGGUGCCAAACCCAAAACCCAGUAAACACUCAUGGACAACAACUUAAAGAGACGCUACCAGAGUCACAGACUGUCACUCAGAUGUCUUACUCGGCGGUCUGUGCUCGGAGCUCCAGAGGACGGAGCUCCAGAGACUGGGGGAAGGGAAGGGAGGUUAUUUAAAUGAAUGAGGAUUGCGCAUGGUACUUUAUACUCUAACUGUAUCUGGGGUCAGAGGAUGGGGUUGAGAUAGUUCUUCUUCAAGGUGAAAUCAAGGUGUAGGAAUCCUGAAUGAGACUGAUUCCACAGCACAGCUCGACCUGCGUGACCAUCUUUGGAAAUACUGUUUUUAACGUGUAAAAAAAAUGACUCAAGAAGUGUCUUAGAAGGAGCUGUAGUCCAAAUGAGGUACUAAGACCAGAAAUGGGAAGUUCUCACACCGACAGCUGCACCUGAGAAAAGGGAAGUGAGUUGUUAAGGUGGUUUGUGCGAGACGACAAAAACCGAACUGAUCAUGGCAGCAUAAAACUAGCAAUUAAGGAUGCACGUGUCAACACAUGAACAUUUCUGAAUAUUCAUUCUCAUGACUGUUUAUCAGUGUGAAUGCAAGUAUGACUGCGUCUAUCUGUGUAUGUAUGUGUGUGUGUGUGUGUGUGAGAUUCGUGACGUACAGCUUGCUGAAUUGAAACUGUUACCCACAAGCAAUUAAAGUCACAUUUCUAAUUUAUUUUCCAAUACGUUCUGUUUCUUUUCACCCCCACUGACUUUCACUUUGAUUCACCACAUCACUCAUUUUUCUUUUUUCUCCAUCGCUUACACCGACGGGUUGCUGCUUUCCCUCAUUCCUUUGAUGCAAAUGGAAAGUUGAAACACAAUAUUCAGAAAGAUGAAUGAGCUCCGUAACACGUUUCAACGUAUCAUAAAUUGGGAUGGCGGGCGGUCGCUCUUUGACGGAGCAUCAGAGGUGUCGCUGGGUAAUUUUACGGUUUGGUAGAUGGAUGAUGAAAGAAAGAAAAAAAAAAAAAAAAGUGCUAAGAUUUUCAAAUAGAUCGCCUCUCUGUGCUGUUUAUGUGUUUAUCUCCAGCCCCUUGGAUCAAACGUGUGAAGGAAUGUAGAUGUGAAAUACAGCAGGUGCCUUUCUAACUGCAGGUUCAAGUGCAUGAUCUGUUUCACAGUACUUACAACUGCUCACAACUGCUUACAGCGACUUCUCCUCCCGUAACAGACCACUUCUCACAUUUAACCCGACCAUUGCCUUCCUGAGAAUGAUGUUUUGUAUGUGUACAUUACUUGUGUGAUACCACAUGUAUACCCUGACAAGGUAUCUUAUACAGAAUUGUAAGUAGAUCAAUUUUAGGAAUAAUAAAAAUUAUUCAGGAUACUCAGCAGUUAGAGUUCACAUUUCCCGGAUGCUUUUUUUUAAAGCUUGCACCAAAAUGCUUCCUAUGCCUUAUUCGUUGCAUAAUUUGUGUGUCUCUUGGAGAGAGCGUUGUUCAGACAUAAUCGACGAAACCCGAACACGACGGUCCGUUAGCCUCAGACAUCUUGUGCUGCUUAGUAAUGGACCUACACAUCUCCCUCUGCCUCCUGUAUUAGUUUCCAGCGCUAAUACUGAUUCAUUUCUGUCUUAGAUUUCUUCCAAUAAUAAAUUUAGGCAAAGCAAAACGGAACAAAUUAAACGCACUAAUUUCCCUUUGUAGCCACAGGGCUUGGUAUAUAUACUCACUUGAGAUCUGUCUUGUUAAGUCAUAUUUAAGGAAAACUGCUGUUAAUGUAGUCAAACUCAUAAUUUCUCAUAGAACUGUCUCAACUAAGUCUAGACCACCGUAUGUUUAGGUUUUUUUAUAUUUGCUGUGUGGAUGACGGAAUGAAUUAAACAAAGAACUUAAGUUGGAGUUAUCUGCAUUGUAGUGGUACACUGAUUAUUUUGUAUUCUUGGAAAUAACUAGAGUUUUAUCCUUGGAAAAAUAAACACGGUGAAAG